AUGAAGCUCCAAACGGCUGCCGCUGCCAACAUCAUCAUUCCCCGGGCUUUAGCAUCGCAGCAGAUCAGGCCAUUGAUAACAUCGAGGAGAUGCUACGCAACGAACACAAGCCCCAAGGAUAGCAGUGCAACCCAUCGAAGGAGGGCUGUGACCCCUUUCAACGAUGAUGGCCGCGUUCCCUGGACUGAGCUCUCUGGCGGGGAGAAGACGUCGCGUGCUGUGCAGCAGACUUUCAACUUUGGAAUGGUGCUUGUAGGAAUGGUUCUGACGGGAGGGAUUGGUUACCUACUCUACUCAGAGGUCUUCUCGCCCGAUUCUAAAGUGGCCUACUAUAACCGAGCUGUCGAUCGCAUCCGCAAAGAUCCAAGAUGUUUGGAGCUCCUGGGAGAUUCCAAAAGUAUAACUGCUUUCGGGGAGGAGACAAGCAAUAAGUGGAGGAGGGCCAGGCCGAUCGCCUCAACGUUGCGGAGAGAUGCGCAGGGUAAUGAGCACAUGAUGAUACACUUCAACCUGGAAGGCUCCAAGGGGCGGGGCAUGGCAAACAUGCACCUUGUCAAGCGUGUUGGCGCUGAUGAUUUUGAGUACCGAUAUUUCUAUGUUGAUGUUGCCGGUCAUCAAAGAAUUUAUCUCGAAAAUUCUGAGGCCAAGGGCCGCGAUGGGUCCGGGAAGAAGACCAUCUUUGGGAUCAGGUGGUCGUAAAGGCAUACAUGGCUGCCCAUUGUCGCCCUGGAGCGUCUCCGUUUGAAUACCUUCGGAGCCGUAACGAAAGAGGUUUGGAGGGUAUUAAGCAAGCUGUCUUAUAGCCAAAGACUGCAAACGGCAUACCGCGAUACCUUGAGCUCAUAUAUCGACUAUUAUGCAGACACUACAGUGGCACACAAGGUUGCUUAUAUGAUCAUCCGGGCUCGACCUGCUCCAUACACCUCCCUGUCGGCACCUGAUCCAGCGCAAGAGACUAUUUCGAACUCACUGCGGCCUCCCAGUUACCUUCAUCAUAUCCGGCUUGAAUAA